GCCCAAGUGGCCCUUGAACCUGUAUCUGGCCGAGAUGGCAUCUACCUACAGUGACCCGUUAGUGUGAAUGAAGAAGCGGUUCGAGGCUCGACACAUCACCGCUAUUGCAUCACUGCGUCGGAUCCCAAAUAGCGGGCCCAGCAAGAAUAUUCACUAGGUUCUGGUCGCUCUGGCAUCCAUCCCUUCGCAUUUUUCCAGAUCGCACACACCAGGGAACACGGUGUCCCGGUUGUAUUCUUCUAAUUACUUCUACUGAGUGUUACAUCAUCCUGAAUUAUCCCAACGACCUCAAUUAAACACCACAGUGGGAGUCAAUCCCAUUCUCGACAAUGGACCGACCGGGUGCUCUUGAUGUUGGAAGAAGGCUUAUGCCUCAAGUCAUUGACAGAAUGGCCGUGGAAAGUCCGCACAAAGUUGUCUGCGUCAUGCCCCGCAACAGUGACCAUACCCAUGGCUACAUCCCUCUCAACUUUGAGCAGCUUGCCCACGCCGUGAACUACAUGUCGUGGUGGAUUGAGGAUACCUUUGGAUCGAGGAAAGGGAGCUCAAUGGAGGCGCUUGUAUAUUUGGGCGCCAAUGAUGUCCGUUACUUAGUUAUGGUCAUGGCGUGUAACAAGACUGCUUAUGAGCCUUUGCUUUUGUCCACUCGGAACUCGCAAGCGGCUCAAUCACGUCUACUCGAGGUGACUGGGUGCACACGUGUUGCCUUCAGUACAGAGCGUCGUUUUAAUGCAGAAGAGAUUGAAGCCGUGGCACCGAAUAUCUUGAGUAAAGAAAUCCCGUCGUUGGAAGAAAUGAUACACCGCGAAACAACAGGGUACAUCUUUGCGAAAGACUUCCGCGAGGUGAAGGACGAGGUAGCCUUCAUUGCCCAUAGCUCAGGCACUACUGGGUUCCCCAAACCCAUUCGUCUCACCUAUGGCUAUUUUGGAGCUCUGGACCAUGGCGCACACGUCCCUAUCCCCCCUGGACGUACCGCUGGGGUGCCGGACCGAUUGAGUAGCGAUGAUCUUAUUAUGGCCACCACUCCGUUCUUCCACCUCAUGGGGUUUUCUUUGCUCAUUAUGGCGGUGUUCCACGGCAUCCCAUGCGUGAUCUUACCGGACCGCCCCCUGUCAACAACGCUCUUGACUUCGGUACUUCGGGACACACAACCAACAGCAGCCCUAUUCCCACCGUGCAUUCUGGAAGACAUGUUGAAUUCUCCAGAGUCCAUGGACGCACUCGCUGCUCUAAAACGUGUAUACUUUGGGGGCGGUCCACUUUCCCCAGACAUAGGUCGCCGGGUUUCCGAGCGCGUCCCUCUCAUCAGCUUCUUGGGCAUGACAGAAGGUGGCUUUGUUCUCUCGCUAGUUCCCCUCGACCGGUAUGACUGGAAUUAUUUUGAAUGGAGUGAGACAUUUGGAAUCCAGAUGGUCCUUGUGGGCGACGGUCUAUUCGAGAUGACGAUCCAUCGCACAGCUAGGCCUGACCUCCAGCCGAUCUUCCACACAUUCCCCGAUCAAGAAGUAUACCACACGAAUGACCUCUACAUACCACACCCGACCAAAGCAAAUUUGUGGAAGUUUCACGGUCGCCAUGAUGACGUGAUAGUUUUCAGCAACGGGGAGAAGUUUAAUCCAGUCACGAUGGAGAAAAUGGUCGAAGGACACCCAUUGGUAGCGCGAGCGAUCGUCGUCGGAAAAGGCAAAUUUCAGACGGCCCUACUAUUAGAACCUUCACGGUUGUACUGGGAUGGGCCAGAACUGACGCUAGACUCAUUCAUCGAGAAGGUAUGGCCCGUCAUCCAAAACGCCAACCGCAUCAGUCCCUCCCAUGGACGCGUCAUGAAGAAUCGAAUCACCGUGGCCUCUCGCAGCAAGCCGUUUAGUACGACGCCAAAAGGCAGCACCCAGCGCCGGCUAGUGGCCCACGAUUAUCAGAACGAGAUCGAGAGCGUCUAUACGCGUCCGGCAUGCCAGGACUAUUCCCACCCCGUGCCCGCCGACCUGGUCGGUAUCACAGUGUUCGUUCGCACCGUUGUCUCCGAUUGCCUGGGUGUCUCUGGAUUCACUGACGAGACUGACUUCUACACUGUGGGGUUUGACUCAUUGCAGACGAUGCACGUGAGUGCUGUGCUUCAGCGCGCUGGGUAUCAGAUUGCUACACCGCAGAUGAUCUACGGCCACCCCACUGUGGAAAGCCUGUCAAGCAUGCUCUCUUCCGCCCCACCUGGAUCGAGUCAUCAUACCAUCUCUCGACACCAUAGAAUCGAGGCUUUGGUCAACAAGUAUACCAUGGGUCUCUCCGCACCCAUUGAUUACAAACACAAAAUGUGCACGCCGGGCAAACAUGUUGUACUCCUAACCGGCUCCACGGGCUCGCUGGGCAGCUACCUGCUCAACGACUUGCUUCAUGACAAUACGGUGACAACGGUGUAUUGUCUGAAUCGCUCCUCCGAUGCCCCGGGGAAGCAAGUAGAGAGUUUCAGACAGAAGGGUCUCAAUACAGCAGCCCUUUGCAGGGUCAAGUUCCUUCAAUGUUCGCUAAGUGACAAAGGACUAGGGAUUCCGGCAGCGAGCUACGCCGAAAUGAUCCGGUCUGUUGAUAUAGUGAUCCACAAUGCGUGGCAGAUGAACUUCAAUCUCUCGCUCGAUUCCUUCGAGGGGCAAGUCCGGGGAUUCCGUUACUUGAUUGAUUUCGGUUUGCAAUGUGGCCGCCCCGCCCGUGUAUAUUUCAUGUCGUCCAUUGGCGCUGUGGGUAACUGGAAGGCCGCACGGGGCGACCUGGUGCCGGAGAUUGCGAUUGAUGACGCUCAAGUUCCAUUGCGAUCGGGGUAUGGAGAAGCCAAGCACGUCUGUGAGCGCCUCUGUCAGGCCGCUUCCCAGCGCGCCGGGUUGCCGACAACCAUCCUUCGGCUAGGGCAGAUUGCCGGUCCGAUGAGCGAGGCCGGCAUGUGGAAUCCAUCCGAGUGGCUCCCGGCCAUGGUGGCCACAUCCAAAACCAUGGGCAAAGCUCCUAGCACGCUGGGAACGGCACCGAUGAAUUGGAUCCCUGUGGAUCAACUUUCCACCAUUAUCCUAGAAAUAAUAAACACUGGUUUUUCCUCUGGAUCUGCGCCACAAAAAUCUCAUUGUCGUGUUUUCCACGUGUCGAACCCCCAGGAUACCGCGUGGGAGCCGCUAUGCACCUCCAUCUGCCAGCAUUACGGAAUCCACCCGAUAGAACUACGACAGUGGAUCACUGAUCUUGAGAAGAAGUCGCCGUCCGCUGCGGAAAUUGCAUCCAAACCGGCGGUCAAGCUUCUUGACUUCUACCGAGGCUUGGCGGACGGUGCUGGCACACUCGCAGUGCCGAUGAGUAUAAGACACGCCCAGGCGGCCAGUCCCACGCUGCGGUCAUUGGGACCAAUUACUCCUGCCAUGAUGAUUAACUGGUUGAAUCAAUGGAACUUCUAGAAUCCCUGGCUCUGUCGGUAUUCGGGACCAGCACUACAUAGUGGAUAGCAAUUAGAUUUUGGUGGUCCUCG